AUGUCCACAGAGGAAAUGAAGACAGCGCAGAUUUCUGCAAGUAGUACAGAUGGCUCGGACGAAGAGUGGCAGAAGAGUGAAAAUCACAAAGUAGAAGGUACCUUUGAGGCUGGGGAGGGCUAUCACUUAUACCGGCCCAUUGACAGCUAUGAGGGCUUGCAUCGCUGGGAUCCGAAUUUUGAAUGGACAGAACAGGAAGAGAAGAAAAUUGUCAGGAAGAUCGAUGCUAGGGUAUGCACAUUUGCCUGUGUGACCUUCUUUGCACUGCAGCUGGAUCGAGGAAACAUCGGCCAGGCACUUGCGAGCACACUGCUGGAAGAUCUACGGAUGACCAGUAACGAUUACAACUUAGGCCAGACGGUCUUUCUGGUUUGCUUCUUGUUGGCUGAGAUGCCCUCUCAAUUACUGUCCAAGCGAAUCGGACCAGAUCGUUGGAUUCCCAUUCAAAUGAUCUCUUGGAGUCUGAUCGCGGCUUGCCAGGCCUUCCUGAAAGGGCGUGGAUCAUAUUUGGCAUGUCGCGCACUACUGGGAUUGCUGGAAGGCGGCUUUAUACCUGAUACAAUUCUCUUCUUGUCAUUUUUCUACAAAUCUAGUGAGCUGCCAAACAGACUGACCUGGUUCUGGAUUUCAUACACCAUUGCCGGAAUCAUUGGUUCAUUCCUAGCAUUUGGUUUCCUACACAUCACCGAUGCCAACGGCGGUGGUGCCUGGAGAUAUCUCUUUGCAUACGAGGGCCUGAUAACUGGUGUCAUUGGUAUCAUCGCUGCAUUCUGGAUGCCCGCCUCACCUGUGCAGACCAAAGGAGGCUUACGCGGAAAGAACGGAUGGUUUACAGAACAUGAAGAGAAGAUUAUCGUGAACCGCGUCAUUCGGGAUGAUCCUAGUAAGGGUAGCAUGCACAAUCGACAAGCAGUCACCCCACGUCGUCUUUGGGAGUCGCUCAAGGAUUAUCACAUGUGGCCAAUUUAUUCUCUCGGUCUAAUCUGGAUGAUACCUAGCAGCCCCUCCCAAAACUACCUCACACUACAACUGCGAUCCCAGGGGUUCACAACCUUCCAAACAAAUUUAUUGACCAUCCCAGCAGCUGUCAUUGCGAUUAUCUCCAUGACAUCUAUUACCUGGGUCGCAGAGCGUACGAACCAACGCCUCCUCUGGGGUGUGGCAGUGGAGCUCUGGAACCUAGCGCUGUUGAUUGCACUCGAGUUACUUCCUCAGAAAAGCAUGCCAUGGCCCCGUUGGGUGAUCCUUACGCUUCUUGUUGGUGGGCCGAACAUCCAUCCUGUUAUAGUGGCGUUGACUUCAAGGAAUGCCGGAUCUGUGCGGACUCGUACUGUUGCCUCUGCGUUGUAUAACAUGUCUAUACAAGUGAGCAGCAUUGCUGGUGCUAAUGUGUACCAAGCAAAAGAUGCGCCAUACUACAGAAAUGGAAACAAAGUUCUCAUCGCACUGGCGGUAGUUAGUGGGUUCCUCUUCAUCUUCAGCAAGUUCUACUACGAUUAUUGGAAUAGAAAAAACUCUACGAAAUGGGAUGCUAUGACAAGCGAGCAACGGGAGUUUUACUUACGUGAAAACCCGGUAUUGACUAAUAAAAGAAUCGACUUUCGGUUUGCUCGCUAG